AUGCCCGAAUGCACUUUAGCUACGACAUGGUCUCAAGAAGGCAAAACUGUUGCUGGUGGCAAAGGUGAAGGAAAUGCUCUCGAUCAACUCUACUGUCCAACAGGAUUGUUUAUCGAUUCAAACAAUGUUCUCUUCGUUUCUGACGCCGGUAAUGGUCGCAUAAUUAAGUGGGAACAGGGUGCCUCGGACGGCACGAUCGUGGCUGGAUUUCAGCCAGAACAACUCAAGCUGUCGACAAGUGUUAUUGUUGAUCGAGAAGGUACUUUGUUUAUCACUGAUGGUUCUAGUGGCGAGGACUGUCGUGUCAUACGUUGGCGAAGAGAGGCUACAUCGGGUGAAACUCUUUUUUCUUCAAAUUCAUAUCUGACUGGUAUCGCUUUUGAUGUUAGUCAAGAACAUUUUUAUGUUUCACAUUGCGAUCAACAAUGUGUGAUCAAAUAUGCUAAAGAUGGAUCAAGUAAAGAAGUCAUCGUCGCUGAUGGCAAUGGACAAGGCAGUGCACUCAAUCAGCUUGAUGCUCCAAUCGAUGAGAUUGGCACAGUCUAUGUAUCAGAUCUUCAAAAUCGUCGACUUGUCAAAUGGUUUAUUAAUUCAAAAGAGGCAAUUAUUGUUGCAGGUGGUAAUGGUGAAGGUAGUCAACUAGAUCAACUAAGUUGUCCAAUGGGAAUUCUAAUUGAUCAUUUUGGUGCAGUUUAUACAGUUGAUGCAGAGAACCAUAGAGUAAUGCGUUUUCUAACUGAUGGCAAUGAAAAGGCAAGUGUAAUGGCUGACGGCAAUGGAGAAAGUAAUGGAGCAAAUCAAUUUUUGCAUCCGACCGACUUAGCAUUCGAUAGUACGGGAAAUUUGUACGUGUCCGAUUGUACUAAUAACCGAGUUCAAAUGUUUACUAUUGGCCAGCGUAGUGGUGAGCUCGUUUUCUAUGUGUAUAUUUUUUAA